AUAAUGCACCAUUUGAUCACACAUAGUGGUUUAGUAUAUAAGCUGCUCUGAGCUCGGCAAUAACCAAAGCAAGUUCAGCAUCAACCAACAUGAAGUCGACCAUCUGCCUUCUCGUGCUCGUGGCCUUUGCCGCAGUCCAGGCUUAUCCCAAGCCACGAACGAUUUCAUCAAGCAGCUCGACUCAUGCGCAAAAAGAUGUCUCCAGGGCCGAAACUGCCUCUACCGCCAGUGACGGAUCAGCAGUCAGCAAUGUCUCCGAGUUAGACAAUGAGGCCGUCUCCAACGACAACUCUCGCUCAUACGCCGACGGUAACGGAAACGCCAUCACUUCAUCAUCACACAACGAUGCUCAAACUUACGCACAAAGCACUGGCAACACCGUUAGCAAUGCUGACGGUACAUCCGCUACAUCCAGCACCCUGGACAGCACCUCCACGUCUAACCAGAGCAGUGACAUGAGUGAAUCCCUGAACGACGACGCUGACCAGGCUGCAUUCGAGAGUGCAGCUGGCUAUGGCUCAGCAUCAGGAUCAGCAUCAUCCGGCGCAACUGCAGCCUCUGGUUCAGCCGAUGGUAGUGGAGGAUCAGGAUCCGCGUCAUCAGGGUCUACAGCCGCAUCUGGCUCCUCAGGUGGUUCUGGAUCAUCCGGAUCAGCGACGUCAGCAGGAUCAGCCGCCUCCGGAGGUGUAGGCGGAAGCAACGGCUCAUCUGCAGCAGCAGGAUCUGGAAGUGGAAGCAGUGCAGCAGGAGCCUCAUCAUCAGGCGGAAACGGCUCAGCAGCCGGAUCAGCAGCAUCAGGCAGUGGAAGCUCAUCAUCAGGAGCAGCAUCAAGCGGAAAUGGAUCAUCAUCAUCAUCUGGAGCUGCAUCAAGCGGAAACGGUUCAGGAUCAGCAGCAUCAGGAUCAUCAGCAUCAGGAGCAGCAGCAUCAGGAUCAGGGUCAUCAGGAUCAGCAGCAUCAGGAUCAUCAGCAUCAGGAGCAGCAUCAAGCGGAAACAGUUCAGGAUCAGCAAAACGGAUCAUCAGCAUCAGGAGCUGCAUCUAG